AUGGGCCUGAGCGACGAUUUCUGCCCCGUGGCCGCGGCCGCAGACCUCUUUGCGCCGUUCUCGUUCGCCUUCAUCCACCCGCCGCCGGUCGACAGCGUCACUGCCACGGCUACGGCGUGUGCGUUCGGCCUGCCCUUCCAUGGCACCAUGGCAACGAGACCCGGCGCCUACGUCCAAGAAUACUUCGACGUUAACACCACCAAUCCAUACCCCAGCACUAGCACCCACCCCACGCCCGCCAUGCCCACGCACGCAGUUCAAGUCCAUACCCCUACCCCGCACACACCCUUACACACAACCCCAACCCCCGCACCAAACGCACGCAAGCGCAAGCGCAGCCUCGUCACCACCAGCACCACCGGCAGUAGCACCACCAACAGCGCCGCCAGCAGCUUGAACGCCGCAACACCACCACCACCACCAGCGCACCAAAUCCCCAAGAAACGCCGCCUGCACCACACGCUCAUCACGUCGCGGCUGUCGCGGCCGUACGCCCAGCCCGCGACGCAUAUUAGCGGCGGCGGCGGCUGGGGACGCGAGGUGCGGCGGUUGGGGCGGCAGCAGCAUCAGCAGAGACAGCAGCAGGGGCAGCAGCAGGUGUGGGGUGCUGGGGGUGUUGCCGUUGGUGCUGAAGGCGUUUGGGGUGAGGGGUGUGCUGGUGUGAGUGGAGUGAGUGGAGUGAGUGCAGUGGAGGCACCGCUUAGGAGGGCGGCGGUGCUGAAUUGUGCUGUUAGGCGGCGGGGUGUUGGUGUUGGGGUCGGCGUGGGGAAGGGUCCGAAUGCGGCGUGGGCGGGUGGGUGUCUUGGUAGUGGGGUUGGGGACGGAUGUAUGAGUGGGAGUGUAAACGGGAUUGGAAGAGAGGAGCUCGUGGUCGUGGAUUACGACGCGCUUGAUGAUGAGGCGGAUGGCGAGGCGGAGCCGCAGGUCGAGGUGUUUGGGGCUGGGGCUGGGAGUGGGAGUGCUGAGGCUGGGGAUGAGGAUGAGGGAUGCCGCAUGGGGCGGUGGGGCGGCGAUGGAGAGGGCUUCGUCAGCGAGUAUGAUCGGUUGGAUGACGGGGAGCCGGAGAUUGGGAUCCUCUUGUGA